CCAAGAACCGGUCAGGCGACUAAAUCGUCAUGUCUGAUAAGGCUCCUCCUCUAUGAAUCGUCCAUUUGUAACAUACUAACUUCAAAUGGUAUCGCCCAAAAGAUAAUGAAGGAAGAAUAUUCAUAGCGUGGGUGGGGCUAUGUUUCGUUUAAAAGACCACGUUCCACGGAAAGUUGCGCACUUCGCAUUCGGCUUCUAAGCGGUGUUCAUUUGUUUGACGAGCAGCAAACGUUCCAUCAUGUCUGACGAAGGAAAACUCUUUAUUGGUGGUCUGAAUUUUGAAACCAAUGAGGACUGCUUGGAGCAAGCAUUUACCAAAUAUGGACGGAUUUCUGAAGUGGUUGUGGUGAAAGAUCGGGAAACCAAGAGAUCAAGAGGCUUUGGCUUUGUUACAUUUGAGAAUGUUGAUGAUGCCAAGGAUGCUAUGAUGGCAAUGAAUGGAAAGUCUGUGGACGGUCGUCAAAUCCGCGUUGAUCAGGCUGGCAAGUCAUCUGGGGAAAGGCGAGGUGGUUACAGAGGUGGCUCUUCUGGAGGCAGAGGCUUCUUCCGUGGAGGCAGGGGCCGAGGUGGUGGAGACAGAGGAUAUGGAAGCAGCCGUUUUGACAACAGAAGUGGCGGUUAUGGUGGUAGCAGUGGAUCCAGGGAUUACUAUGGCAGUGGCAGGAGUCAAGGCAGUUAUGGUGAUCGUUCUGGAGGUUCCUACAGGGAUAGUUACGACAGCUAUGCUACACACGAGUAAAAUCCAUUCCUGACUCAAGAUCGUCCUUCCAAUGGCUGUAUUUAUAAAGAUUUUUGGAGCUUCGCCGAAUCGUUCGUGUAGUAUAUCUACUUGUGUUCAAUUUUUUUUUUUUUUUUAAUUGACCUAGUUUGCCUGACAGCUUCUCUAAUUUGUGGGACAGCUGUGUCUCAAAAGCUUUAGCUUUGGACACCUAAUCUCAUUAAAGUUACUGUGUUCUGCAGGGAUAUUGCUAUCCUACUAUGCUGUUCCAUUUGGGCUGAUCAGGCGGGGCCACCCCCCUUCUUCUGUUUAAGUAGUGCUGGGAAGUGGAUGGGUGCUGAUGGGCAGAGAAGCACCUGUUAGUAGACUGCUAGGCCUGUCCUCCUGUAGCAUUGUCUCUGAACUUUAAGCUGCUGUAUUUUUGGGUUACAUGAAAAGUUUAAUUUUAUGAGUCCACUUAAAAUUGCAUUCCUUUAGUGUAACAAGGCAGGACAGAGCCUGGGUGCGCUGUACAUAGUGGCUACACCUCCUUGAUACACAAAGUGAAUUAGUGUUCAUAUCUCCAGUAAACAAUGUCAGAAGUUCUUAAAAUGUUUGUUUAUAUUGUCCUUUUCUUUUUUUACUAAAACAUGCAACUAUUGUACUGAAGUGGCUAAGGAAUUGUAUUCUACUUUUGAUUGGCUUCACGAAGCCUAUUAAAAAAACAAUGAAAAGAA